GAGAUGGAUAUGUGUGGUCUGGCUGCAGAAACGUCAGUUGGAUUAAAGAGUGACAAGAGAGGCUUUCCGUAUGCAAGUCGGUGGCAGUGAAACACAAACAAAUACUCAACAGCUGAAGACCGUCUGCAGCCUUGAAGAGCAUGGCUCUAAAAAUACCCUCGUGCCCUUGUGAUGGUGAUGGGUGUAACCAACAGGAUGCUAUAACCUCAGAGUCAGAGGUCUCCAGAUGCAGUCCGAUUGCUCCUGAGAUCCUUCACUGGGAAAUAAAGCAGCUGCAGCUGCAUACAGGAUUUCACAUGGAUACUUUGCCGCCAUACUUUGUGGGGGGAACCAAUUAUAUGACAAGCGGAGAGGAAUUCGUGGAGAAGGAGGAGGAGGAAGAGGAGGAAGAGCAGGAGGAGGAGGAGGAAGAUGGAGAUAAAGAAAAUAAAGAGGAGGAAAAAGAACCAGUGAACAUCGAACCAGCUGACAAGCCGGAGAGAACACAAGCCUGGGUUCCCAGUACCUUCGGCUGCUUUGGUAGAGACGUUUACCAUUACGCAGGACAGGAUAUACUCAUUCGCGAGUCCAUAGACUCCUAUGGAGCAGUGAUGUGGCCAGCAGCGUUGGCUCUGUGCUCCUUCCUGGACAACAACAGGCAGACGGUGAACCUGCAGGGAAAGGAGGUGCUUGAGCUGGGAGCAGGGACUGGACUGGUAACCAUUGUGGCCAGUCUGCUGGGAGCUUCAGUCACAGCGACAGACCUACCUGAUGUGUUGGGUAACCUCCUGGCCAAUGUGAUGAGGAACACCAGGCAGCGCUGCAGACACACGCCCAAGGUGGCAGCUCUAUCCUGGGGCCACGACCUGGAGCGCACCUUCCCUACAUCCGUCCACCGGUACGACUACGUGCUGGCAGCUGACGUGGUCUACCAUCACGACUUCCUGGAAGAGCUCCUGGUCACAAUGAAGCAUUUCUGCAUACCAGGAACGACAGUGAUCUGGGCUAACAAGGUGAGGUUUGAGACUGAUCUGACUUUCACUGAGAACUUUAAAAAGGCUUUUCACACCAGACUGCUGGCUGAAGAUGGAGAGAUGAAGAUCUUCAUGGCAACGUGUAGAGACUGAGAGACAGAAAGGAUAUGGAUGGAUCACUCAAUGACCCCCUUGCAUCACAUGUUUCUUUUGAUGGUUUCUUAGAAGAGUUUGUAUAUUAAAGGGACUAUUUGUAACUUUGUAAGCGUAUAAAUGUAGCGGGUCGGCACA